AAACAUGUGGUGACGUGGAAGAGCUCACAGGCCCGAUUCACUACAGAUACAUGCUGUUUACAUCAGAGCUCAGACUAGUGUCAGUCAUACGGAAGUGAAACUCACAAAGUCGCUGACACUGAGAGGAGAAAUGGCGCAGAAAGGAGUUCAGCUGACCCAAGAAACCUUCUCUUGUUCGAUCUGUUUGGAUCUACUGAAGGAUCCUGUGACUAUUCCCUGUGGACACAGCUACUGCAUGAACUGUAUUAAUGGCUUUUGGGAUGGAGAGGAGGAGAAGAAAAUCUACAGCUGCCCUCAGUGCAGACAGACUUUCACACCGAGGCCUGUCCUGGUGAAAAACACCAUGUUAGCAGUUUUAGUGGAGCAGCUGAAGAAGACUGGACUCCAAGCUGCUCCUGCUGAUCACUGCUAUGCUGGACCUGAAGAUGUGGCCUGUGAUUUCUGCACUGGCAUGAAGCUAAAAGCUGUGAAAUCUUGUCUUGUGUGUUUGGUUUCUUACUGUGAGAAACACCUUCAGCCUCAUUAUGAUUUGGCUCCAUUAAAGAAACACAAGCUGGUGGAGCCCUCCAAGAAGCUCCAGGAGAACAUCUGCUCUCGUCAUGAUGAGGUAAUGAAGAUGUUCUGCCGUACUGAUCAGCAGAGUAUCUGUUAUCUCUGCCCUGUGGAUGAACAUAAAGGCCACGACACAGUCUCAGCUGCAGCAGAAAGGACUGAGAGGCAGAGAGAGCUGGAGGUGAGUCGACAAAACAUCCAGCAGAGAAUCCAGGACAGAGAGAAAGAUGUGAAGCUGCUUCAACAGGAGGUGGAGGCCAUCAAUCAGUCUGCUAAUAAAAAAAUGGAGCACAGUGAGAAGAUCUUCACUGAGCUGAUCCAUCUCAUCCAGAAAAGAAGCUCUGAUGUGAAGCAGCAGAUCAGAUCCCAGCAGGAAACUGAAGUGAGUCGAGUCAAAGAGCUUGAGGAGAAGCUGGAGCAGGAGAUCACUGAGCUGAAGAGGAAAGAUGCUGAGCUGAAGCAGCUCUCACACACAGAGGAUCACAUCCAGUUUCUACACAACUACCCCUCACUGUCAGCACUCAGUGAGUCUACAGACUCAUCCAGCAUCAAUAUCCGUCCUCUGAGGUACUUUGAGGAUGUGACAGCAGCUGUGUCAGAGGUCAGAGAUAAACUACAGGACAUUCUGAGAGAGGAAUGGACAAACAUCUCACUGACAGUCACUGAAGACGAUGCUUCCCUGUCAGAUCCACCAGAGCCAAAGACCAGAGCGGAAUUCUUAAAAUAUUCCCGUGACAUCACACUGGAUCCAAACACAGCAAACACACAGCUGUUUUUAUCAGAGAGGAACAAAAAAGUUACAUUUAUGAAACAUCAGCAGUCUUACCCUGAUCAUCCAGACAGAUUCAGAUAUUGUUAUCAAGUCCUGGGUAGAGAGCGUCUGACUGGACGUUGUUACUGGGAGGUUGUGAGGAAAGGGCGAGUUUAUGUAGCAGUCGCGUACAAGAAGAUCUGCAGAGCAGGGUGUGGAAAAGUGUGUGGAUUUGGUCGUAAUGACAAAUCUUGGGCAUUAGAUUGUUCCAAAAACAGUUACACAUUUUGGCAUAACAACACGGAAACUCCAGUUUCAGGUCAUGGGUCCUCCAGAGUAGGAGUGUACCUGGAUCACAGAGCAGGUAUUUUGUCCUUCUAUAGAGUCUCUGAAACCAUGACUCUCCUCCACAGAGUUCAGACCACAUUUACUAAGCCGCUUUUUGCUGGACUUUGGUUUUACAAUAAUUAUGGAGAUAUUGCUGAGUUCAUCAAACUGAAAUAGACUGAACUCUUUCAUGUUGUUGUGGGUUUAAAUCUGUAUUUUUUUCUCCUUUUUUUUUUUCUAUUUUUUCUAUAAUUGUUGUGACAUUUCUGAUCUGCACACAGAUCAGCUGUCAAUCAAACAUUAUGGGUGGUACCUUGACAUCUUUUAGAUGUCGUCUCCAUCUUUAUGAGUUCUUAUGUGGAGCUCUUUCCCGUGUCUGUUUAGCCAUGGAUGCUGUCACAGCUCAUGAGGAGUUUUAUUCACAAAAAUAUUUCUCACCCUGUGUUGUUGUUUAUCAUCAGCUUCAUGGGUUUUACUACAGUAAUCUGCAGUACUUCCUUUGUCAUACAGAUUUCUUUUCUCAUCAGUGUACAUUUGUACAGAAAUCUAUAAUUACAUUUUUUUCUUUGGUAGACUAAAUAUUUCUAUUUUUGCUUUUGAAUACACAAACAAAUAAAGCUGGGCAUACACUGUGUGAUUUUUGGCCCAUUUUGAGACGAUUUUUCACUCAUGCGACCAUUUUUGGGAUCGCCCGAGUUUCGCCUUAAUCGUGUGUCAUGCAUCGUGUAGUAUACAUGGAGUAACGAGAAGCGAGUAACACCUCACGACCAGCUCCCGAUCAGCAAUCAUAUGGUCACAAGAAAAUCAAACCUUUUUGAAAUUCUGAUCGCCCCUCGUGAGGGUAUCAACCUCUCACACUGCGCAUGCGCAAACACAGAAGUAAAAAAGACGGAGCAGCAUGGCAGUGCAGCGUGUGAUCUGGACACAAGCUACGGACGCCCAACUUUGGCAAGUUCAUCCGAGCCUUUUCGAUGUGGCCUCACAAAAUUAUCACGACCACAACAACCGUGAAGAGUUGGAUGGACAUUGCUGCUCAGUUGUGUUUUUCAUUAGCAAUUUAGAAAAGUUGAUGGUGGUGUGUGUGUGUGUGUGUGUGUGUGUGUGUGUGUGUGUGUGUGUGUGUGUGUGUGUCAGCGAAGGAGAGAGAGGGAGAGCGAGAAACAUUUUGUGUCAUAUAUUAGCUAUAUAAUAUAAGCUUUGGUAACACUUCAUGUUACCAAGCUAAAAUUUGGACGCACACUGUGAGCACGCAAGUUGCAUCGGGGCGUAUAGUGUGAGAACAUGCAUCAUGACCUACGAACUUCUAACCCCUGCGAUUCAGUGGUACAGUUUGAGCAGGAGCUGAAUAAUGCGACGGAAAGAAACCACACAGUGUAUUCCCAGCUUUAGAUGUUAUAAACCUAUAGCUUUGAUAAUUGCAAUCAAUGAUAACUUCAUGCAUUGUUUUUAAUGUUUAGUAUGUGAACAAAGUGAAGGUUUUUCCUAUAAAUAACUUUUUGUUCAGUUUUUCUCCCGAAACACCUGAAAUACUUUCAAUUCAAUUUAAAUUCAAUUCAAUUUUAUUUAUAUAGUGCCAAAUCACAACAAAGGCUGAUUCAAGCCACUUAACCUCAAGGACUAACUGUAAUAUAUAAAAAUAAAAAUAUCGAGCACACUCUUGCGUUACAGUUGAAGUUUCUUUGAGAAUUUGAGGUCCAAGGUGUUGGUUUUCUUUUUAACAACAGUUGGAUGAGUAGCCCAUACAAAGUCUUUGUAUAUUCAGAGGUAUUUAAAGCUGUCCACUGUUUCCACAGUUGAGUUAUUCAUGAGUACUGGCAGAUGAGUGCCCCUCUCCACCUUCAUGUAAUUCACAAUAACCUCCUUUCUUUCUGAGAUAUUCAGACAUAAAUGCUUGUUUUGGCAAUGAUUUUCCAGGGCUGUCUCAUCAGCAAGUGAACUCAAUCCUGCAAACCUCUCAGUUAUGUUAUUAGCCCUUUUUCCCCCAAGCUGUCAUGGGUGUAGAGUGAGUGUAGGAAUGGGUUCAGAGCAGAGCCCUAUUAUUUGUACAGUACUUAGUGAUUAUAUGUCUGUAAAAAGCAUUUUAUAAAUAAACAUACUGAUGUUUAAUCAGCUUUAUCACCAGAUGAAUCAAUAAAGGGUUUUUUCUUCAUUUUUAAA